CGCCCGCGCCUGCGCAGAGUGACGUGCGGUCUCGCGGCCCAGGCUCCCUCCGGUCUAGGGUAGCGGCAGCAGCUGGAACGGGGUGACCGGGCCGGGCCGGGCAGGACAGGACCGGGAGCGGCGACACCAUGAGCGGGACCUUAGCCAAGAUCGCCGAGAUCGAAGCCGAGAUGGCUCGGACCCAGAAGAACAAGGCCACGGCGCACCACCUGGGGCUGCUCAAGGCCCGGCUGGCCAAGCUGCGGCGGGAGCUCAUCACCCCGAAGGGCGGCGGCGGCGGCGGCCCGGGAGAAGGCUUUGACGUGGCCAAGACCGGCGACGCGCGGAUCGGCUUCGUGGGCUUCCCGUCCGUGGGCAAGUCCACGCUGCUCAGUAACCUGGCCGGGGUGUACUCGGAGGUGGCGGCCUACGAGUUCACCACGCUGACCACCGUGCCCGGCGUCAUCAGGUACAAGGGCGCCAAGAUCCAGCUUCUAGAUCUCCCAGGUAUCAUUGAAGGUGCCAAAGAUGGGAAGGGGAGAGGCCGUCAGGUCAUUGCAGUGGCCCGAACCUGCAACUUGAUUCUGAUCGUCCUGGAUGUGCUGAAGCCCCUGGGACAUAAGAAGAUCAUCGAGAAUGAGCUCGAAGGUUUUGGGAUCCGCUUAAACAGCAAGCCCCCCAACAUUGGCUUUAAGAAGAAGGACAAAGGAGGCAUCAACCUCACGGCCACGUGUCCCCAGAGUGAGCUAGAUGCCGAGACUGUGAAGAGCAUCCUGGCAGAAUACAAAAUCCACAAUGCUGACGUGACCCUGCGCAGUGACGCUACAGCUGACGACCUCAUUGACGUGGUGGAGGGCAACAGAGUUUACAUCCCCUGCAUCUAUGUGCUGAACAAGAUCGACCAGAUUUCCAUUGAAGAGCUGGACAUCAUUUAUAAGGUGCCUCACUGUGUGCCCAUCUCUGCUCACCACCGCUGGAACUUCGAUGACCUGCUCGAGAGGAUAUGGGACUACCUGCGGCUAGUAAGGAUCUACACCAAGCCCAAGGGACAGCUGCCAGACUAUACCUCCCCAGUGGUGCUGCCAGACUCCCGGACCACCGUGGAGGACUUCUGCAUGAAGAUCCACAAAAAUCUCAUCAAAGAAUUCAAGUAUGCCCUGGUCUGGGGUCUGUCUGUGAAGCACAACCCUCAGAAAGUGGGGAAGGACCACACGCUAGAAGAUGAGGACGUCAUUCAGAUAGUGAAAAAGUGAAGGAGGCCCGGCAGGCGGCCUCCUCCGCAGCCUCCCUCCCUCACUGCUAUCAGUCACUCUGUGUUGAACUACAUAAAGUGUCCAGCUGGCCGGCCGGCCGGCCACCAUGA